AUGACAGACAAGUCCGACCUGUAUGCCCGCCAGGCUCUCAACAGAUUAGAUAUCCUCUCGUCGCAUCUGAGCAACGUCAAAGCACCAGCCGGAAGACUAACAAAACUCUCUCGAUCACUCAAUGGGAAGAAAGCCAUCGUUACGGGAGCCGCCUCGGGCAUGGGCAGAGAGACGGCCAAGCUGCUCGCGGACGAGGGCGUCCAGGUGGCUAUCCUCGACUUAAAUAACGGAAAAGUACAAGCAGUUGUCGACGAGAUCAACGCCGUCCACUCCGGAAGGGCACGGGGCUGGGUAUGCGAUGUCGCAGACCGAGACCGAAUUAAGCAAGUGUGCAAGGAGGUCAUCGAGGCUUUCGGUGGGCUUGACAUCUUGAUCAACAAUGCCGGUGUCUCGCUCGGCGGCGGUGCUUUCGACGGUGACGACUCCUUCGAGUCACGAUGGGACAAAACUCUCGACAUCAAUAUUUCUGCCCUCGUCAUCUUCAUCCGCGCAUGCGUGCCAGCGAUGCUUAAAAGCGAGGCCGCGCGCAUCGUGAAUAUUGCGAGCACGGAGCAUUUUGUCACAGGGCCAGCGAAUGCAGCGUACAGUGCGACCAAGUCGGCAGUCACGGGGCUGACGAGGGCUUUUGCAGUGGAGUUGGGAAAGUAUGGGAACAUUACAGUCAACACAGUCUGUCCGGGUCCGAUCAUUACUGGCAUGACAGCACGCAUUUCGCCGGAGCAGAAGGAAGCAUAUGCUAAACGACGUGUGCCUUUGCGGCGCUAUGCCGACCCGGAAGAAGUCGCGCAGGAAGCACGCCGCAGUGUCCGGGAGGUGCAAGUAUUUCACAAGCCGGGCGCCUAUAGAGACCUACCAGACGAUAAGAACCCGUUGAUUCCUCCGCUGCAUUGGCACUGGUAUCAGGAAGAAUAUUUCACCGUGACCCAAGGACGUUUCAUUUUCACGCUCGAAGGCAAACAGAUCCCCAUCACACCAAAUGAUCCCCAACCUGUCACCAUCCCGCCACAAGCACGCCACACUUUCAAAGCCGAUCCCGACUGCAGCGAACCCUGCGAAAUUCAAAUAGAGCUCAAAGCGUCGCCGCUAGUAGACGAUAAGACGGCUGAAGAGGAGGUCGGCGGCAACGAGCGCUUCUUCCGCAACCUUUACUGCUACCUCGACGACUGUGAGUCGCAAAAGGUCGAGCCCAGCCCACUCCAGCUCCUCUUGUUCCUGCACUCUGCUGAGGUCAGUCUCGCUUUUCCCGGGCCUGGUUGGGUAGCGCGUCCUUUAUCGUAUGUCUUCGGCUUGGUGAUGGGAAAGUGGAUCGGCGAAUAUAUGCUUGGCUAUAGGACGUCAUAUCCUGAGUAUUACGACCCUGGCAUGAUGAGCAAGAAGUCGAGAUAA